CCAAUUUUGACAUCUUUGAUAUUUAUAAAAAUUUGACGACGCUUGCUUGUUUUAAAUUUUUUAAUGUUUGUUUUCUUGUUUGUGAUAUAAUUGUAAAUGAUAUAUUAAAUUAACCCUUAUAAUAUUAAUAUAGACAGUUUAAUAAUCUGUGAGCAUAAUGGCACCGAUAGGAAAUACUUCUUUAAAUGAUACAGAUUCGGGUUCUGAUACAGACAGUGGAACAAGUGGUAGUCGAAGUAAAAGUCCCAGUCCUGCACCAUCAGGCAAAGAAGGCAGUGUGUCUCGGUCGCAAUCUCGCAGCCCACCACGGUCUGCUAGUGGAUCUCCUAAAUCCAAUCACUCAGCUAAUUCAAAUGUUUCACGCAGUAAAUCGAAUUCUCCUGCUCAUUCUAGAUCUAGAUCAGGUUCACCUGCAAGCCACAAAUCUGGCUCUUCCAGCCCCAAAUCUCAAGCUACCGGUAGCCCUAAGGACAGAGCAUCUCGGUCCAGAAGUGGUUCCAGGAGAUCUCGCUCUGGUUCAGGCAGUGCUCGCUCUCGUUCAGCAAGCAUGAAGUCGCGUUCAGAAAGUCCAAAAUCUAGGCCUGACAGUCCAAAAUCUAGAUCACAAAGUCCAAAAUCUGGAUCACAAAGUCCCAAAUCUCGUUCACAGAGUCCUAAAUCCAGGUCACAGAGUCCAAAAUCAAGGUCACAGAGUCCAAAAUCUCGUUCACAAAGUCCGAAGUCUCAGAGAGCUAAAAGUCACUCACGUUCAAAGUCUGCUAGCGUUAGCCCUAAAAGUAAAAAAUCACGCUCUAGAAGUGGAUCAUCUAGGUCUAAGAGUCCUGAAGCUAGACAAGACGUCGAGGAUAGCAGAUCUAAUUCCCCAAAUCUUAUGAUAGAUGAUGACCAGGAAAAGGAAAAAUCAAAGAGUCGAUCCAGAUCUGGUUCCAGACAGUCUAGGUCAAAAUCGCGAAGUAAAUCCAAAAGCCGGUCAAGAUCCCGAUCAAAGAGCUCAAAUGUAUCUGAGACAGAAAUUGGUGAUAAAAAGAAACGAGCAGUAUUAUCGGAUUCAGACAGUGAAGGUGAAGGCUCGAAAUCAACUAUGAAACGUAAAAAGGGUUCUGACAGUGGUUCUGAAACAAGUGAUAAACCUAAGAAGAAAUCUAAAAAAGUCCUCGAUUCAGAUGAUGAAAAUCAGGAAAAAGAUGCAGUAACGGCGGAUGCAUUGUUCGGCGACGCGUCGGACAUCAGCACAGAAGAUGAAGCAGGGAAGCGGUCCCGGUCGCGGUCUCGCUCGCGGUCGCGUUCGCGCAGCCGCAGCGCCGCCAGGUCUGACGACGAGAGAAGAUCGGGCGACGAAGCCAAAGGGAGUGGGGAUGAGGAAAACCGAGAGAAGCCUGAAGAAGAGGAGGAACAGGAAAUACCGGAGACUCGUAUCGACGUGGAUAUGCCUAAGAUAUGGACGGAGCUCGGCAAGGAGCUGCACUUUGUGAAACUGCCCAACUUUUUGUCCGUGGAGACGAGACCAUAUGACCCCAACACUUAUGAGGAUGAGAUUGAUGAAGAGGAAACCUUGGACGAGGAAGGUCGAGCUAGACUUAAACUCAAAGUGGAGAACACAAUACGGUGGCGUACAUCAUUCGACAAGGAGGGCAACGCUAUCAAGGAAUCAAACGCGCGGAUGGUCAAGUGGUCGGACGGCAGUAUGUCGCUGCAUCUCGGCUCUGAAAUAUUCGACGUCUACAAACAGCCGCUGCUCGGUGACCAUAAUCACUUAUUCGUCCGUCAAGGUACCGGUCUGCAAGGGCAAGCGGUGUUCCGUACAAAGCUAUCGUUCCGGCCUCACUCCACGGAAUCGUUCACGCAUCGCAAGAUGACGCUGUCCCUCGCAGACCGCUCCACAAAGACGUCCGCUAUAAAGAUACUGUCGCAAGUUGGCGCUGAUCCUGACGCUGACAGGAAAUAUCAGUUGAAGAAAGAGGAAAUGGAACUUCGCGCAGCGAUGCGCUCUCGGCCGUCGUCGCGGCCCAAGCGGCGGGCGGGCGGCGGCGCGGGCGGCGGCGCGGGCGGCGCGGCGGGCGCCGGCGGCCGGGGCGCCGCCCGCGGCAACGACGACUCGGAGGACGAGGGCGGAGUCUCACUGCAGGCUAUUAAGAACAAGUACAAGCAGGGACAAAAGGCUUCAGCAGGCGCCGCGAUAUAUUCGUCCGAAUCCGAAGGGUCGGACGUGGAAAGACGUGCUCGGCGACUCGAUCGUGCUAAAGCGCUCAAAGAUUCCGACUCUGAGGGCAGCGGCGCAGGCGGCGGCGGCGAUACCCCUACAAAUGCUCGUAGCGGUAGCGGCAGCAGGAGCGGAAGUGGUAGCGGUAGCGGGAGCGAGUAACCUACAGUGUAAUCUGCAGUAUCACUACUUAAACUUUAAAGGUAAAUUUACAUUGGAUUUGUCAUCGGCAUAGAUGGAGAAUAAGAAGUUUUUGUACUUGCGAGACAAUAGCGAUUUACAAAAUUUUUUCUUCGUUUUUUCUUGUAAUUAUUUUAUAAAAAAAGUUUACAAUAAUAUUUAUAUUUAGAGAUGUUUAUAAAGCAUCUUUCAAUAAAAUUAUAUUUAAAUUAUUGAUUAUGACAAAGAAACAAAGAAAAUGUUAUAAAUCGUGCUUUAUCUGGAAAGAAUAAAAAAUAUUCUACUUAAGUCUCGUAAGUAGGGCCCGACCAAGAGAGUAGCUUUGCGGGAAAAAUGCCAAGAGCGGUAAAAUUAAAUCACUCCGAGUUAACGUGGUCACUCAUCAUUGCCCGAAGCGGCAUUAAUUAAUUUUUAUUCGUAGUGGCAAAAUUCUUACAUCACAUUCCGAGUAUUUGUCAUUCAAUAUUAAGGCAGCAUAUACUUGCUUUUGCCCAAAACGGCAAAAUUAUAUCAGGCCCCGAGCACGAGUUAGUUUUCAAUGUUGACAUUUUCGCCGUUUGACUCGAUGUAAAUUUACCUUAAGUUUUGUAAUCGUUCUAAAAUCCGAGUAUACAAUUUAAUAGAAGUACCAGUUUCAUUCAGUUUUAUAACGAAAGUGAACUGUACAGACAUGUGUUUUUGCUUGAAUGUGUAAAAUGAAAUUUGUAAGUUAUGACUGUAUUUAAAAUAUUAAGUAAUGUAAGUAUUCUAUUAAGUUGUAAAUAUAAAUAAUGACAUAAUU